UCUUGAGAUGUUGCAAGGAUUCAUUGUUAUGUUGCUACUAGGUUUCAUAAGCGAACUUUGAGGUAACGAAUUACGUCACACCAGAGAGCCGGUUCGGAGACUGGAGGAAGAAUUGAUUCCUCCACCUGCCUCGCAUUCUACCUCUGGACCACCGUCGGACCAGCGGUACGAAAUACUGCAUCAUCGUGUCGCGGAUAACGUGCGGCGGCUGGACACAUUCGAACUUACCCAAACUGUUCGUGACCAAAACAUUAAGGUGCAAGGAAACGAAUCAACUGCAAUAAGUGGUGGCACCCUCACUGAAGAUAUGAAAUCGUUUCAUGCUAUGGAAUGCUCUGGUGCUUCUAUUCCAGGAUUCUGUAGAGAAUUGACUCGACCAUCGUUCAAAGUUCUUUAUAGCUAUUUUGCAAAUCCUGAAGCACGAGGCGAACACACCGAACAUUCCUGGCAAGUGGAUGCGAAGAAACGAUUGAACAUGUUGGAUCCGAAAAACAUGUUACUUGAUGUCGAAUUAUUUUAA